AUGCCGGGCCGGCACGGCUCGGCACGAGCCGCAGCUCCGCCCCAAAACCCCCCCAAAUUCCUCCCCCCACCCAGCGCUGGGACCUCCCCCAGCGCUCCCCCCCCCAAUCGAUUGCGCUUCGCUCGAUGCGCAGCGACGAGCUCUGCGCUCGGCUGGCCGCGCCUGGCCGCGCAUGCGCGCUGCGCGCUGUACGGACCGGGGGGACAAGAUGGCGGCGCCCGCUGGGGCCGCGGAGCCCCCGAGGAGGGAGCGGGGCCCGUGCUGGGCAGGCUGGAGGAGGAGGCGCUGAGGCGGCGGGAGAGGCUGAAGGCCCUGAGGCAGAGGACGCUCCAGAGCAAGGACGGUGGGGAACGGGAGAACAAAAUUCCCAGGCAGGAGGAGGAGGAGGAGGAGGAGCCCGUCAAGCACAAGGAGAUCAAGCUGCGGAAUUACGAGCCCGAGGAUGAGGAGCUGAAGAAGAGGAAGCUGCCCCCGGGAAAACCGGCCUCAGUGGAGGACACGGUGAAGGAGCAGCUGGAGGCGGCCAAGCCCGAGCCCAUCAUCGAUGAGGUGGAUCUGGCCAACCUGGCUCCCAGGAAACCAGACUGGGAUCUGAAGCGGGACGUGUCCAAGAAGCUGGAGAAGCUGGAGAGGAGGACUCAGAGAGCCAUUGCCGAGCUCAUCCGGGAGAGGCUGAAGGGCCAGGAGGAGGAGUUGGCCUCUGCAGUGGGGUCAGCAAAGCAGGAGGGGAGCGACUCCGACUGAGGGAUCCGUCGGCAGCCUCGGACCGGGAUGCGGCUCCCGCCCCGACCCCCGGGUGUGACCCCCGGCACACUCAGCCCUUUCCCAGACAUUCCCAGAUCCUGCUGUGCCUGCAGGAGAGGGGCACAUCCCAGGAGCCUGGCUGGCUGCAGAGGAGCAUUCCUGGGGGAAAUUCCCGGGAUCACAGGGAGCAGGACACGCCCACCUUGGCUCGAACUCACCUGCUGGGACUCGGAGCAGGGAAAAGUGGGAAAAACUCCAGGCAAGGCCAAUCCAGGCUCGCUCUCCUCCUGCUGGGAAAGGAAGGAGAUGCCCACAUGGCCCUUGGAGAGGCAGGACCUUUUCCCAAGGGAUUGGGGCUCCUGUUCCUGUGCAGACACCACGAGGUCUCCCUGCAGAGCUGGGAAAAUCCAUGGGCACACCCAGAAUUCCUGUGGGAAGGGGCUGUUGCUUCAGGACCUGUCCAGCUGACUAAGGUGGGAUUUGCCUUGCUUCCCAAAAUUUCCCAACCCUCCAGAGUGUUCCACUCCUCCUCUGAGUGUUUUUUAAUUGAUGUAGUUUGUUGUUAAUGGAUCUUUUCCUAAUAAAAAAUUCCAUGCUGGAAGAA